GCUAUCUCGGGGGAAACUGCGUUGUAAGAAGAGCAGAGAGAGGAUCAUUUGGGAGCACAUUUCGUCAGUGGACAUAAAUUGAAUCUUUCUCUCAAUUCAUUUUAGCAUAGAAAAAGGAAAAACCCUAGAAGAGAUUUGAAUCAGAAGAAGGAAGAAGAAGAAGAAGAAGAAGCCAGCAGCCGGGAAAGAUGUCGUGGCAAGUUUACGUCGAUGAUCAUUUGAUGUGCGAAAUUGAGGGCAAUCACCUCACAUCUGCAGCCAUUAUCGGCCAAGACGGCAGCGUUUGGGCUAAAAGCGAACAUUUCCCUCAGCUCAAGCCUGAAGAAAUUACUGGCAUCUUGAAUGAUUUCAAUGAACCCGGGACGCUUGCUCCAACUGGUUUGUACAUUGGUGGUUCAAAAUAUAUGGUAAUCCAAGGGGAGCCUGGAGCUGUUAUUCGUGGGAAGAAGGGCCCUGGUGGGGUUACUGUUAAGAAGACUGGUCUGGCUUUAGUCAUUGGCAUCUAUGAUGAACCAAUGGCUCCUGGUCAGUGCAAUAUGAUUGUUGAAAGGCUUGGGGAUUAUCUCAUUGAACAGGGCCUCUAAAUAUCGGGAAACCGUGUAUUGUUUGUACAAGUCUAUGGACUCUUGAAUGGAAAUGGGUUUGAUGCUUGAGGAGUGAUGCUUAUGUUUCUCGUUAUUAGUGUUGUCUCUUUCACUUUUUUUUUCCUUUGAAAUAUUGUGGUGGUUUUCAAGUGAGGUCCAUGUUGUAGCAUCAAAUAUGGAUAUGGUAAACCAAUUCAGCAUAAAUUUAUAAUUACUUUUCUAUUCUAUCUGUUGAUUUUUGCAGCAGGCUCCUGUAUAACAUGAGGAGAUAAUAGUCUCUCUAAACCCAAAUGUGGGAUGUUGGGACAUUUUCAGUCCAUCUUGCUCUUA